AUGUUCGUCAAUUUGGUGGCUAAUAACGAUAAGAUCCCGAAUGUUACCAAGUUCUAUUACCUGGUGGGGUGUCUGCAUGCUGAUCCGCAAGAAGUCAUCAAGGGAUUUUCGAUUUCAAAUGAGUCUUUUACUCUUGCCUGGGACGCAUUGAUCGAACGCUACGAUAAACCGCGCAGGUUAGCAUCGUCAAUAAUCGAUAAGUUAAUAUCCGCUCCCGCCUCGAAUUCUGAAAAUCUUGCAGUUCUGCAAACCUUUAUGUCGGUUUUCGACGAAAACAUCACGAUCCUGGAGUCGCUCCAGAUCCCGGAUCUAGCGUCGUUUCUGUUAUUUUCAUUGGCUGCUAGGUGUCUACCUACAUUCUCGAGACGUCUUUUCGAGGCUGAAAACAAUGAAGAAUAUCCGUCGAUACAGAGCGUGAUCAAGUUCGUUAAAACGAGAAUCCAGGUUCUUGAAAAUGCAGGUGUACAACCGGCAGGAAGCUCCUCCUCGAAGUCGGCCAAUAUCAAGAAAACUGGUUUCCGUCGGGAAUCGAAGACCGCAUAUUAG